CAGACAGACCAGACCCUAUACUAGUUAGUUAGUUCAUCUCCCAUACACUAAAAAUAAUUGUACUCCCAGCCCUUUUAGCAUCAUGUGUUAACAAAAGAAAAUAAUAAACACAACAACAUAUUGUAAUUUGUAAGCCUACUCUUCUCACACUCACCCUCUCUGGAGCUUUUGCUUUCAAAAGUUAGUGUUAGUGCAGCAUUCUCUGAUUCUGAUGACUCCAGCUAAUACGAACGAAGCAAACGCCGUUGGUGGCAAAACCGCAAGAGCCUGUGAUAGCUGCAUAACAAAGCGAGCUCGCUGGUACUGUGCUGCCGACGAUGCUUUCCUAUGCCAAGCUUGUGACUCUUCCGUUCACUCAGCUAACUCAUUGGCUCGUAGACAUGAAAGAGUCCGCUUGAAUACGGCGUCGUACAAGUCCACUUCCGCAGCUUCUGAUGAACUCAAUAAUUGUGCUCCAUCGUGGCACCAUGGCUUCACCAAGAAAGCUCGAACACCAAGACAUGGGAAACACUCAGCAACUCGUCAGACACCUAAGUCAUGGAGUAACGAGCCAGCGAGAAACAACCCUUUUCACCUGGUCCCUGAAGUGGGUUUGGAUGAAGUGAAUUCACACGAAGAGAACGAGGAGCAGCUUCUUUAUAGGGUCCCUAUAUUCGAUCCCUUUGUAGUUGAACUGUGCAGUACUCCUUCUUCUGUGACUUCAGCUGAAGGAGCUAUAGCUGUGGCUGCUGCUCCUCCUCCUGAGGUUGAAAACAUGGUCACCGAAGGGAGCGAGAGCAAAGUUCCGUUGGCUUAUAAUAAUCAUAGCUUGGAAGGGUUUCUUCCUUCUGAUAUUGAACUUGCUGAGUUUGCAGCUGACGUGGAGAGCUUAUUGGGUAAGGGACUAGAAAACGAGUGCAUAGGGAUGGAAGAGCUGGGGCUUGUUGAUACCAAAAAAGAGGAGUGGUGGGAUUGUUCUGCUGUGGGGAGUGGGAAGGUGAAGGUUGAAGAGGAAGAGAGUGCUGCUAAGCUUGAGGCAGAUGAACAGAUGGAGAUGGGAAGAGGAUCGUUUGAGUUGAGCUUUGAUUAUGAUUCUCAUGAAACAUGUGAAGAGGUGAAGGAGAAGGUUGAUUCGGAUAUGGGGAAUGGUGGAGAACACAAGGAGAGAAAAAGGAAGAUAUCUUUGCAGCUAGAUUAUGAGGCUGUAAUCAUCGCAUGGGCUAGCCAAAAGUCUCCUUGGACUACCGGUGAUAAACCAAACUUGGACCCUGAUGAGUGCUGGCCUGACUGCAUGGGAACUUGUGGAACGGAGCUUCAUCAUCCUUAUGGUGAAUUGGGGAGAUUUGGGUGUCAUCCAAUAAUGACAGACGGGGGCAGAGAGGCAAGGGUGUCAAGGUACCGAGAAAAGCGCCGAACAAGGUUGUUCUCUAAGAAAAUAAGGUACGAGGUUAGGAAAUUGAACGCAGAGAAGAGACCUAGAAUGAAAGGGAGGUUUGUUAAGAGGGCUUCCUUUGCAGCACCUACAUUUCCUUUGCAAAACAAAUGAGUCCUAGCAUUCAUUGUUCAACCACUAAAUUUUUAUUUGUAUUUGCUCGAUGUACUAUAACAAUUUUGCAGAAAAUAAUGAAAUGGUCAAGCAGUUCAAGAAAUGAAUAAACCUUACAAUUAAU